AACUGGCUUCAGAGCUACAUUACAUAAGGACACAAAUGGUUAGUAAGAAAUAUUUAGGCUGUAAGUUAGACACCUAAGAUCACAAAACACGUUUGAAGGUGGCUUAUGAAGUCUGGCAGCAACGUAAAACAACUUUCAGCAGUUUUUAGGAUGACGUCAUUUCUUCUUCACUUUUACUAGCUGUAAAAAUUGGAGACAGCAAUCAAGCAAUUGGAGAGGGAAGUGUGAGGCUUGAUUUGUUGUCUGCAGCACUGAAAGAUGUUCAGCAAACUAGCCUGGAUUAUUUUCCUAAUGCAGUCUGGGUUUAUAGAAGGGCAAUGGUGGUGGCAACGGCUGUGGGGCACCACACAAACAACUACUUCACCUGUAGCCACAACUGUCAACACUAUCACUUUAAAUGUAAGUGUGCCUAAAGGCUACGUAACAAAUGGAGUUUCACGGAGUCGGACUACAGGUAGCACAAGGGCUCCUGCAGGGAGCAUCACUUCUACUGUAUCUUCAGGUGCCGCUGGAGUUUCUUCUGAAUCCACUUUGCCAGGUGGAGAAGCAGUAAUUAAUUUUUCCAAGAAAAAAGCUCUCUCAGAACUGGACUUAAAGACAGGAAAGAAAAUAAGUCAGGGGAAACAAAAGAAAACAGAACGAGGAUCAAAGGGUCAUCUUGAUCUGACAGAGCUGAUAGGAGUUCCACUCCCUCUUUCUGUCUCCUUUAUCACUGGCUAUGGAGGGUUUCCAGCUUACAGUUUUGGACCAGAUUCUAACAUCGGCCGUUUGACAAGCACUUUAAUACCACAGACCUUCUAUAGUGAUUUUGCUAUCAUAGUUACAGUAAAACCAAACAGCGAUGAUGGAGGUGUACUAUUUGCAAUAACGGAUGCCUUUCAGAAAACUAUAUACUUGGGAAUGAGACUAUCGCCAGUUGAUGAUGGCACCCAGAGAAUAAUCAUGUACUACACAGAGCCUGGUUCCUACAUCUCCCGAGAGGCCGCUUCAUUUAAAGUUCCAGUGAUGACUAAUAAAUGGAAUCGGUUUACAGUGACUGUUCAGGGAAAUGACGUUGUUCUGUUCAUGGACUGUGAAGAAUAUAACAGAGUUCAGUUUCAGAGGUCACCUCAGGCCUUGCAAUUUGAAUCCAACUCUGGUAUAUUUGUUGGAAAUGCAGGAGCAACAGGAUUGGAAAAAUUCACAGGGUCGAUUCAACAACUAAUGAUCAAACCUGACCCAAGGGCUACUGAAGACCAAUGUGAAGAUGAUGACCCAUAUGCAUCAGGAGAUUCUAGUGGCACUGGUAGCAUUCAAGAGCAGGAAGGAGUUCCUGAGACACAAGAAGUCAUUGCAUCUUCUCAAACCCUACCUGAAGAAAGAAUAGCUGAACCUGUAGGAGCACCUCCAACGGUGUCAGCUCAAUCAGAAGAAAUGGAUUUCUCAGGACAUCAUAUAUUAGAUGAAACAACUGAACCACCUACAAUCAAAGAACAAGGUUCAACAAAUGCUGGAAAUCAACAUGAAAGUGACACCACUACAGUAGCCCAGGAAAUUCUAAAACCAGAAGCUGGUUCUGGUGCUAUUGUUUUGCAAGGAGUGAGCAGAGAAAAGGGUCAAAAAGGUGAGAGAGGCGAAAAAGGAGAGCAAGGGCCACGAGGGCCACCAGGACCACCAGGAAAGUCAGAACUAGAAGAAAUGCAGACAGGGAUUCAAGGACCCCCUGGGCCCCUAGGAAAACCUGGGCGAGACGGUGAACCUGGCAUUCCUGGUAAAGAUGGCUUGCCAGGUGAAAGAGGACUUCAGGGGUUGCCAGGUUUGAAGGGAGAGGACGGCCUUAAAGGAGAAAAGGGUGAGCCCGGUGUGGGACUGCCAGGACCACCAGGACUUCCAGGCCCUCCCGGCCCAUCCGCUCCAUUCAGAGGAUUUAGUAGACUGGAACCUGAAGGAUCUGGAUCUGGUGACCUUGACCGAGACAGUGAGGUUUUAAGAGGUCUCCCUGGGCCACCAGGCCCUCCAGGAUUACCCGGAGCACCAGGAAAACCUGAUUCAAAUGCAAGAUCCCCUGGAUCACCAGGGAAAGAUGGGAAAGAUGGACCUUCUGGUGAGCCAGGCCCUCCAGGACCCCAAGGACAUCCUGGACUUGAUGGAAUGGUUGGCCCUCCUGGAAAGAAAGGAGAAAAAGGUGAUCAAGGUCUACCUGGUGCAGUUGGCCCAAAGGGAGAUGCUGGAGAUAUUGGAUCACCAGGCCCAGAAGGCCAGGCAGGUGCUGAUGGGCAGCCUGGAAAGCCUGGGCCUCAAGGACCACCAGGACCACCGGGGCCACCUGGCCCAGGCUAUGGGUUUGGAUUUGAGGACAUGGAAGGGUCAGGGAGCAUCAGUUUGUUGAGUGAACCCAGAGUUCCAGGAUCAAGAGGGCCAAAUGGUCCUGUUGGGGAGACUGGACAGCGUGGGCCAAUGGGACCAAAGGGAGAAAAAGGGGAUACUGGUCCACCAGGUAUAGCAGGUUUAAAGGGUGAGCAAGGUGCAGAUGGAAAACCUGGAUUUCCCGGUGUUGCUGGACGUCCUGGAGAUGUAGGUCCCAAAGGGGACAAGGGUGACACAGGAUCCAAGGGUGAACCAGGACGGGAUGGUGCCAGUAUUGUUGGACCACCAGGGCCACCAGGGCCACCAGGGCCAAUCAUAGCAGUACCACAGCUACUUCUCAAUGAUACGGAUGGAAUUUCUAAUUUUACGGGAAUUAAAGGACUGCUUGGGCCUUCAGGGCCAGAUGGCAGGCCCGGUUUACCAGGAUUUCCUGGCCCAAGGGGACCAAAAGGUAAUAUUGGACUGACUGGAUUACAAGGACCAAAAGGACAACCGGGUGAAAAGGGAGAACCAGGAGUUAUCAUAUCUGCAGAUGGAUCUCUAAGAGAACUUACAGGACGACAAGGGCAGAAGGGUGAGCAUGGGGCAGUGGGACCACGAGGGCCUAUGGGACCAGUAGGACCUUCUGGACCUAAGGGAGAACUUGGUAUACCUGGACGACCUGGCCGCCCAGGAUUGAAUGGACUGAAAGGUGUAAAAGGUGAACGGGGUGUAACAUUAUAUGGUCCCCCUGGCUUGCCUGGGCCCCCGGGGCCUCCUGGACCUCCAGGGGCUAUAAUUCACAUCAAAGGAACAGUUUUCCCAAUUUCUCCCAGACCUCACUGCAAAAUGCCAGUUGGCACUGCUCAUCCUGGAAACCAAGAUGCUAACAUUCAUGGUAUGAAAGGCGAGCCAGGCUCCUGGGGACUGCAUGGCCCACCAGGCUUAAAAGGUGAAAAAGGAGAGAGAGGCUCACCUGGACUACCAGGUCCUCCUCUGCCUUCACCAUAUUUCAACCACUUUGUUAAUAGCAUGAAGGGUGAGAAAGGAGACAAUGGAGAAACUGGCUUCAAAGGGGAAAAAGGUGAACCAAGUGGAGGAUUUUUUAUGUCAGGGCCUCCUGGACCCGCUGGACCUCCUGGAAGACCAGGACUAGUUGGGCCAAAGGGGGAUUCGAUUGUUGGGCCAAGAGGCCCCCCUGGGUUACCUGGCCUACCUGGAUCUCCAGGGUAUGGAAUAGUUGGACCUCCCGGCCCACCAGGCCCUCCUGGACCCCCAGGACCCCCAGCGAUAUAUGGCUCAGCAGCUGCAGUUCCAGGGCCACCAGGUCCUCCCGGGGAGCCAGGGUUACCAGGAACCAGGAACCUGGUUACAACAUUCAGAAAUAUUGACAGCAUGUUGCAAAAGGUUCAUUUAGUGGCAGAAGGUACAUUAAUCUACCUGAGUGAAAGUAGCGAGGUGUUUAUCCGUGUUCGAGGAGGAUGGAGAAGAUUGCAGCUUGGGGAAUUAAUUCCCAUCCCAGCUGACAGCCCUCCACCUCCGGCAAUUUCAGGCUAUGGAUUUCAGUCUCUUCCAGCACUAAGACCAGUUUCAACUAUUAAUCAUGGAAAACCAACACUGCAUUUGGUGGCUUUGAACUUGCCAUUUUCUGGUGCCAUGCGAGCUGAUUAUCAAUGCUUUCAACAAGCCCGAGCAGCUGGUUUAAUGUCAACAUACAGAGCUUUCCUGUCAUCCCAUUUGCAAGAUCUGUCUACAGUUGUGAGAAAAUCAGACAGAUACAAUCUACCAAUAGUUAAUCUUAAGGGAGAAAUACUCUUCAACAACUGGGAGUCUGUGUUUACUGGCAGCGGGGGACAGUUCAACAUCCAGAUUCCAAUAUACUCCUUUGAUGGAAGAAAUGUCAUGACAGAUCCAUCUUGGCCACAAAAAAUCAUAUGGCACGGGUCAACUGCAAACGGGAUCCGGCUAGUUCGCAACUACUGUGAAGCUUGGCGGACAGCUGACAUGGCAGUUAUGGGACAAGCAUCACCACUGACCUCUGGGAAACUUCUGGAGCAAAAGCCUUUCAGCUGCAGCAAUAAGUUUAUUGUUCUGUGCAUUGAAAACAGUUUCAUAGCCGAUAUCCGAAGAAAAUAAUUCAUCUGUUGCACGUAGAAAACAUUUGAAUUUUAUUUCAUAAAACAUUGACACUGAAAUUUAAUUUUAAUGGUGUAAAUAUUCUAUUUUUUUAUUGCACAUUUACAAAUAAAACCAAAGAGAGCAUACCUCAAGACAGAAUAUUCCGGCAGGGUGGAAUUCAGGCCUGGUUUAGAGGGCUGGCAGAUGGCCUUUGGUAUGGGGAGUCAGCAGGCUGCAUGGGGAGUCAGCAGGCUGAGCAACCAUGCAGAUGUGCCCGUUAAUCCCUGGUGUGCUGUGGAUCUGGUCUCCAUGUUGGCCUAGGCGGGGCUGGGGCUGGGGCUGAAGAUGACUUUGGGGAUGGGCCAAGUGUGAUCUGAGAGCAAGACCAAGGGAAGGCCCACAAAUCCAUGUUUGUUCAGAUCUGGUGGCUCUGG